CUGGCCACUGUGGUGACGCCUGCCGUGCUGCUGUCAUGGCGCCCGUACGAUCGGGGUGGAGCAUCUCAGUCGCUGGUGGCGAAGAAGCCGUCGCGAGACGCGAUCGUCGGACGGCGGGGAUGCAGAGGGGCAGCCGAGGCCAUGGCGACCGUUGAAAGGACACACCGGCUGCCGCAAUGGGCUCGGCCAUGGGCAAGGGCGCCGCCUCGCUACUGGAUAGCCUGCCGCCCAACCAGUCGCUUCACGUCGUCAUGCUGGGCUUGGACUCCGCGGGCAAGACGACGGCCCUGUACAGGCUCAAAUUCGACCAGUACCUCAACACGGUGCCCACUAUAGGCUUCAACUGCGAGAAGAUCAAGGGCACCUCGGGGCGCGCCAAGGGCACCAGCUUUCUCAUCUGGGACGUCGGGGGUCAAGACAAACUGCGCCCCCUCUGGCGUUCCUACACCCGCUGCACCGACGGAGUCGUCUUCGUCCUAGACUCCGUGGACGAAGAGCGCAUGGAAGAAGCUCGACUGGAGUUACAGCGCGUCGCGCGCGAAAACCCGGGUGUGCCGCUGCUAGUGCUGGCUAACAAGCAGGACUUGCCCGGUGCUAAGGAACCCCGCGUAAUUGAGCGAUUGCUCGGCCUACACGAACUGUCGGCCAGUCACUUGUGGCACGUACAGCCGGCCUGCGCCAUCAUCGGCGAGGGAUUAGACGACGGGCUCGAACGGCUUUACGACAUGAUCGUCAGACGGCGACGCCAAGCGAAGCAGGCAAAGCGCAAGCCGCGGUCCUAAACUUGAGCCCUGUGGACUCUGUGUGUGGUGUGUGUGUGUGAAUGUGUGUGUGUAUAUAUCUAAUAACGGAACGUCCGCUGCUGCUGCCCUCCAGUGACGACGCGUACUGUUGCGUGCAUGCCGCAGCGGCACAACGCGUCGCUUGAAUCCGUCGUUACUAUUUGCCCCGAAAGGUGGCGCCACAUGACCCAUAGCGACUGCCCCAAAUGAACAAACGAAACAAACGCCUCCCGUCACCGUGCUCCAGUUUCUUUUUGUCUUCGUGAGGGUGUUCGCGCGUUUGAAGAGUGUGUUCCUGUUCCUUUUUAAGUCGUUUUUUUUUUGUUCCCUCUUUCCCGACCCCGUGGUAGUAGUCAUGUUCAAUGUUUUCCCGGGGCCGGCGACUGAAGCCGCUUCCGCUGCAGGUCAGCGUACGCAGCUCGCGUUUUGUGUAUCUCGUAAGCGCGACAAUGGUAACGUCACGCCACCGCCGCAAUAAAAAGAUGCAUCAAGAAAUAAA